CGCGUGUUUAUAACUUUACGAUUUGAAUGUGGAAGAAAAAAGUUACCUAUAGCAGUAUUAUAUACUAAAAUUUGUGAUGAUUAAGUAAAUAAAAUGGAUUUAGAAAAUAACCCUAAUGUUAUUGUGGUGCGUGCUAAGCCGGAGGGACAAAGAAAGACUUUUAAGCCAAAUAUUCGUGCAGUAAAUAAAAUUCCAAAUGAAUUAUUAAAUGAUCCUCUAUUAAACUGGGCAUGUGAAAAAUUACCGCAGAACUAUAACUUUGAAGUUCAUAAGACAAUAUGGAGAAUAAGAUCUUUAAACUCGAAAAGAGUGGCCUUACAAUUACCUGAAGGUUUGACAAUGUUUGCUACAACUUUAUGCGACAUAAUUGAAACUUUCACGGAAGCAGAUACUGUAAUAAUGGGGGAUGUAACAUAUGGAGCUUGCUGUAUAGACGAUUUCACAGCGGUCGCGCUUGGUGUCGACCUCCUCGUACACUACGGCCACUCGUGUCUUAUACCGAUCGAUCAAACUAGUGAUAUAAAGGUGCUGUAUAUUUUCGUAGAUAUAAAAAUUGAUCCAUCACACUUUAUAGAUACAAUAAAAUUGAAUUUUUUUAAAAGACAACAUUUGGCUAUUGUUAGUACAAUUCAAUUUGUGACUACCCUUCAUUCUGUUGCUAAAAUUCUACGAGAUGAAGAGUAUAUAGUCACAGUACCUCAGUGUAAGCCUUUAUCACCUGGAGAAAUUCUUGGCUGUACCGCUCCUAAGGUGGAUGCAGAUCUAAUAGUGUAUUUGGGAGAUGGAAGAUUCCACUUAGAGUCUAUUAUGAUAGCCAAUCCAAAUAUUCCUGCGUUUAAAUAUGACCCGUAUGAUAAAAAGUUUACAAAAGAAACAUAUGACCACGCACUUAUGAGAGAAAAUAGGAAGAAUCAAAUCCAAAUAUCCAAAAGUGCGAGUGAUUUUGGCCUUAUUCUUGGCACACUAGGUAGGCAAGGAAGUACAAAAGUCUUGGGUAAUCUUGAGAAACAAAUACAGAAUGCCAAUAAGAAAUAUGUAAAGAUAUUGCUAUCAGAGAUAUUUCCAAGUAAAUUGUCACUAUUUACAUUGGAUGCAUUCGUCCAAGUAGCAUGUCCGAGGUUAUCUAUUGACUGGGGAACAGCGUUUACGAAGCCUCUUCUGACACCAUAUGAGUUUUCAGUUUUGCUCGAGAAUAGCAAGUGGUUGAAGGACGAUGGAACAUACCCUAUGGACUUUUAUUCUAAUGACAGCUUAGGUCCUUGGACUCCUAACUAUAAGCCUGUCCUAUGUUCCGGCACUGACAAGAAGUGUGAAAAUUGUUGUGAAGGUAAAAGUAAAGAUUUGAAGUGACUCACCGGUGCACCUUGGGCUGCUACAGCCGCGGUCUCUCUCGCUUGGGAAAAUACUUGGGAAUCCAUAAAUUUUGAUGGGAAAGUUUCAGCUAAAUUUUGAAUUGGAAUGUUCUUUGUAUCCUUCCUGCAAAUUAUCGAAGUUAAAUGAUUUUAUUGUAAACAUCUUAAUUAUGAUCUGUAAAUAUAAAGUCUUUUUUUCACAAUUACCUGUGCAUCAGGACUACAGAGUAGCAGUAGUUGAACAUCUGAGGGUUUAUCUUCACUCUUGUAUAUACACAUGUCGACAGGAACUGCUGGAGGUCAUUCUCCGGGACGGCUGAUACAGAAUUAGCACAUUUUAUGACAGAUAAUAAUUUAUUAAUUUUAUAUAAAUGAAAUUGUAAAUAAAUGAAAGGGCAGUAAAAAAA